AUGGACUACAUUUCACAUUUAAAAAGCAACAUCGUUAUAAAAUACAAAUGUGGAAUAAUUUUUCAAAUUGUAACAGUGCAUCCAAUUCGAUUCAUUAAACCUAUUGGUGGCUUUCCAUCUAUAAUUGGAAAUGUGGUGAAGAAAUCCACCGAACCAAUUGAUAACAAACACGCCUUCAAGAAGAAGCUGCGUCUCGACAACAAGGCUGCCAAAGACUGGUUCCAAAGAAGUUUGGUGGAAGUAGAUGAAACUACUGGAGGAGGGAAGGAUCCUCGCGGGCUUCAUUCAUGUGGAGACACUCAUGAACAAUCCUAA